UCAGCUGAGCAGAUUACUGAGCUGGCAUGGGGGUUGGAGUUGAGUCGGCAACCAUUCCUUUGGGUGGUCCGUCCGCCUAGUGGAAAUGAGAAAUCGGCAACUUACUUAACGUCAGGCGGGCAAUGCAGCCACCCGUCGGAGUACUUGCCAGAUGGGUUUCUAACAAGGACACAAGGAAUUGGAUUGGUGGUUCCUUCGUGGGGCCCGCAGAGAGAGAUCUUGAGACAUAAGGCGACAGGUGGAUUUCUAACCCAUUGCGGGUGGAAUUCUACGCUAGAGAGCAUUGUCUAUGGUGUGCCAAUGAUCGCCUGGCCACUCUUUGCUGAGCAGAAGAUGAAUGCAUCGACAUUGACAGAGGAGCUCAAGGUUGCAGUUCAACCGCUGGUGUCUCUGGAGAGUGAAGGAGUGAGACGAGAGGAGAUCGAGAGGGUGGUGAGAUUGGUGAUGGAGAGUGAAGAUGGAAAGGCGUUGAGGAGCAGGGUGAAGGAGGUGAGGGACAGUGUCUUGAGAGGUUUGGAUGAGGGUGGUUCCUCGUAUAAUUCGCUUUCUCAUGUUGUCAAUGAAUGGAAAAUCUGUCUCCAAAAGCCCAAGGGAAAUGUAGAGUAGCUGUUUUAUGAAUACCCACCUUAAUUUAGGAAGUGUUUUGGUCUCUGUUUCCUCCUUGAGUUAAGACGGUCUCUCUCUCUCUCUCUCUCUCUCUCUCUCUCUCUCUCUCUCUCUCUCUCUCUCUCUCUCAUGUUGGCACCUGUGAUCACACGUGUGGAGUGGCCAAUUGCCCCCUCAUUUUAAAUAAGACAAUGCUCAUCCCAUUUUCUGUUGUUUUCUAAUAAUGGUUUUAGCCUAUAUGUGUUGGGACAUGGCAGUGUAAGAGGAACUUAGAAAAAGGAAGUAGCCUGAUUUGUAAAGAAAGCCAAUGGACCAACACCAUUCCAAUAACUUUCUUUGUGCAAGUUAAUUUCUUCACUGGGAGAUGGGACUAUAUGUCCAUGGAGUGCAU